AUGCUGGACUCUGGGUUCACCUUCCAGGCGUCAGCUCGAGCAGUCGAGCAACGGGAUAGAUAUCGCAGUACUAACGCACCAAAUGGGCCAUGCUUGAUUACCGUUGACCCUCGCGUUUGCCGAGGUUCUACAUAUUCUCGUCAUAAACCAGUAGAACAAGAAGCUCCUAAACCAAAGCCAAAGAGGAAAUUAGCGUCUCCUAGGGAUAGAAGCCUCAUGGCCGGCAUCCCGAAUGAUACGUUAGUUGCCGCACCGCAAAAAGAAAAUCGCAUUGAUUUAGAAAUACAGACAGAACCUUAUUUACAAGAAGUUGUUGAAAAGCCAGUUAUCGUAAAUCAGGAUACGCAAACAGAUGAAUUUCUUGACAGACCAGAAACCCCUCCAUAUAUUCCACCUAAAAACGGUAUUGAUAUUGAAAUUCAAGUUGUCGAAUCAGAUCUUUUCGAUUUCGAUUUCGAAGUUAAACCAAUCGUAGCAACUAUAGUAAGUAAAACGUUAGAACAGGCAUUUCUCGAAGUUCAUGAAGAAGAAGAACUUAUUGCAAUUCGUCGCCAUAAGGAAGCUAUUGAGCAUAAUCGCAACGUCGAACUUGCCGAUGUUCAGCGUUUGGAGGAAGCAGAAAAGAGAAAAUUCGAAGAAAAGCAGCAUCGUCUCGAAGAACGCGAGAAAAUCGAAAGAGAACAGAAAGAACUCCGCGAGAAAAUUGCAGCUCGUGGUUACGCCGAAUUCUUUGCAUCAGAUCUGAUUUCAAGCGCUAUUACAACCCUCGAACGCCGCGGAUUCUUCUACGAUGAAGUCGAGCGCGAUAUCGAGACUAACUUCAUGCCAUGGCUCGCUAAGGCUAUGCUCGAAUCUGGAGAAACAAGAGAUCUUCAGGAAGCUAUCGUCGACCAGGUCAAUAACGAAACGAUCCGUGUCGAAGAGAAGAUGUGUUCUGAAAUCAGAAAGAACUUGGAUGCCCAGGAUAAUGACGAAGUUGAACGUCGUGACCGUAUGAAGCGUUUGAUGCUCAUCGAAGAUAUUAUGGCUCAUAAGAUUAAGGAAGCUAAUAAAGGAAAAGAAAAGAAGGAAGAGAAACAUGAUGAAGAAGAGGACAAGGAGUAA